UUCACGUUUCCAAAUCACCAAACUGUAAGGGAUUUUUUUCAUCCCAUUACGUGCGCUACGGCUAAGUCAUACGUUAAAAAUUUGGAGAAGGCAUGAGAAACCUACAACUUUGCUUGGAACAUUCCGAAUCUAUCUCGAUUAAGCUGGUGAAUAUGCUGAAGCUACUGAAACUUUGAUUGAUAGAUUGGAUUAGGUUUGAGUUCAAAGGAAUGGCUCUUUCUGUUGUGUUUAGUUGCCACCACGGAGGAAUAGGAGGCACCAUCUCAAACUCAACAUCCCAAUCCCAUUUCCACUGGAAAUACACGACACCCAAACGUCAGAAAAUCCAAGGGACACAUUGCAGACACACACAACGGAAAAAAUUUGUGCCCCAGACACAUACAACAUUGCUUUGCAGAGCUGAAGCAAAUCCCAAUCCGAAGGAAGAUGUCAAGGACCUGCUUAAAACCCUCGUCAUUCCCAUUGCCACUUCAUUCGCUGUGUUUUCAUUAGCAUUGGGUGCCAAGGCUUCAACAUUUCCUAGGAGGCUCACCACGCCCAUGUUUGCCAAUGUCUCUUCUAUGACAGGGACCAAAACUGUGCAUAGUGCGGUCCCUUCUUCCGCCGAGGAAAACUCAAAACCAAAAGAAGACUCGGGGGUUGCUUCAUUAGAUGAAGCGAGCCCACUAAAGCAAAAUGGAGAAAGAGAAGUAAAGCCGAUACCAAAAGGUUACAUGGGGGGUAAAUCAUUUGAUGCAGAGAGGACAAAGAACAAUGGAGAAACGCAAGUAAACACAAAUCUAAAAGAAGACUUGGGUGCUAAUUCAUUUGAUGCUGAAAACCCACUAAAGGCCAAUGAAGAAAUGCAACUAAACCUGAUACCAAGGAAAGAUUUGGGGGCUAAUGCAAUUCAUGAAGAGGAUUCACUAAAGGGCAAUGAAGAAAUGCAAGUAAAUCAGUCGAAUGAGGAAGAAGCACAAAUAAAUUCGGCUUCAUCUCUAAGUGGUGAGAAGUGUGAUUACUGGAAAAAUCAAGCUGGUGAAGAUGUAGUACAGGAUGCCAGUUCCUCGUCAGGAAAUCAGAUUGGAGAAAUGGCUGAACAGUUAAAGUUAUCUGAGGAUGAGGAGAUAAAGAAGGCAUAUGAACAAUGGAGGUCUAAACCAUAUGCUUUGACUGUACCUCUGAGAAUAGCAGCUCUUCGUGGCUCAGUGCCCCCAGCUUGGCUUAAGGACUUUGUACAAGCUCAAGGUAGAAGAUUGAAGUUACAAGUUGAGUUCCGAGGAAGCCUUAGUGGAAUCAUUUCUGAACUUGCUUCAGAUUUCAGAAAAGGUCAUUUGACACCUCGGUCUAUCUUUGCAGCUGAUCUUGUAACAGUUGGGGACUCCUGGCUAGAGAUGGCCAUUUGUGACAGAGUGAUUGAACCAAUAAAGAAUGCUGAUCAACAAGAUUGGUUCAUUCGUCUAGGUGAUAGAUGGAAGGCUUAUUUACGCAGGAAUCAUGAUGGUCAAAUAGAUCCCAAGGGAGAAAUCUGGGGAGCUCCAUAUCGCUGGGGCUGCAUGGUAGUGGCAUACAGAAAAGAUAAAUUUGUGAAACACAAUAUACCUCCAAUUAAGGACUGGGACGAUCUGUGGAGGCCAGAGCUUGAGGGUAAAAUUUCAAUGGUGGAUGCUCCCAGGGAGGUAGUUGGUGCAGUCUUAAAAUUUCUGGGGAAAUCCUAUAAUUCAAGUUUUGAAUCUGAUAUUCGUGAUGAGAGACAGGUAGUGAGGGCAACAUUCAAUAUUUUACAAAAACAGGUUCGGUUAUUUGAUAGUGCACAUUAUCUGAGAGCUUUUGGAACUGGGGAUGUUUGGGUUGCAGUAGGAUGGAGUAGUGAUGUGCUUCCAGCAGCUAAACGCAUAUCAAAUGCUGUUGUGGUUGUCCCAAAGUCUGGUACCAGCUUAUGGGCAGAUAUUUGGGCAAUACCAGCAACCUCUAGUAUUGCUACCGAUAAAGUUGGAGGACGUAUACGGGGUCCAUCGCCAAUUAUCAAUCAGUGGUUUGAUUUCUGCCUUCGGCCUGCAAGGGCUACGCCCUUUCAACAGAAUGUCUUUCCUGGGUCUUCUCCAUUGUUUUUAAUCGACAAAUCUGUUGAUGUAAAAAAUGAAGAUGACCUUUUACCAAAAGGACCCACAAAUGCGAUGCAAACUGCAGUUGUAGAGAAAGGUGAAUCAGAGUUUGAUACAAAUCUUGUUGCAGGCAUGCCACCUGCCGACAUUCUCCAGAAGUGUGAAUUUUUAGAGCCCCUAUCAGCAAAAGCAAAGUUGGAUUAUGAGUGGUUGUUGACUCAGAGACGAGAGGAGGAAGGACAAGGCUUGGCAAGUUCUUUUUGGCAGUACUUGAAAGGAAUGCGAGGAAAUUUUAAAAGUGCACCUCCACGCAACAUUUGAUGAGAAUAAAGAUUUGUAACUGUGUCAAAGACAGUCAAUGGCCAGCAUGUAUAUAAGGAGUUUACAUAUUUUUCUUUUUGAUGGAGUUUUAAGGAGAUCAAGUUUCUGAAUUUGUUGUCAUAUUAUCCAGCUCCAUUCUGAAUUUACAUGGCCUAAUCUGAUUUUGUAAGAACAAUUGAGCAGCUAGGCUUUUGGAAAAUUACUCUCUUCUGAUAGGUCUAGAAAGAUUCAUAUAGUUUUUCUUUUCAAAAGAGCAUUUCUUCUAUUUGGUUG